AUGGCGUCUACACUGCGCUCCAACGGCUCAGUCUACCGCCCCGACAAGUUCGCUAUCAUGGACGCCUACGACAACACAACGGCACCGGACCCGCUGAGGAUGUUCUCGGUGGACUGUUAUGUGUACGAUGGGACGUCGGCGUGGGUGUACGAGGCGGGAGAGAAUUCCAGACAUCCUCAUGCUUUUUUGGCGGAUUUCAUGAGUGUUAUGCUUGAGCGAAGGGCUACGCCGGAUUAUGCUAGUAGACUCGCGGAUGCUAAGUACUAUCAGGAUAAGUUGAGUGCGUUGGAGGAUGGGGAGGAGAAGAAGUAG